GUCAGAGGUCAGGGGGCGGGACUAACUAGAGGGGCCCAAAGGAGCCCUUUCUCUGCCGGUCCCGACUUGACUAGUGGUGCCUGGAAUUAUGGGCUUGUCUCCAAACUGAACGGUUUAAAUGCCCAGAGCAGAGGAGGCCUGGUACAGGGAACUUGGUCUUUCCAGGCCUCAUUGUCUCUCUCUAUUCGGGGAGGGGACCCGAGUUGCACAGCUUAGAAAGGUCCUGAGGCCAGCCCCGGCCUCAGUUUACUGCUUUGUACAAUGGGCCGAAGAGGGGGGUUUGCUAAGAGCAGAAAUGAAGGUAGUCACCACAGCAGAGGCGUGCGCAUGCGCCUCCUGCCCUCCCGCGGCCGUUAGCCGCGCAUGCGUACACUGAGGCAAAAGGCCUGGGGCCGUUAACGGUCCGCGUCCGGAUUGUCGCAAGAAGGCGUCGAACUCACAACGUCAUGGCCCCGCCCACCAGAGCUUGCCCUCUAUUGGGCGUGCGAAGCGAAGUCCCGCCCCCGGCCUCGCGCCUACCGGCGCUGGAAAAUGACGCUAACUGAGGCGGAGCUUCUCGCCCCGGCGGCGGCGGCGGCGGCGGCGGCGGAGUAGGAGGAGCAGCGGGAGGCCGCUUCGGACGUACGUCGGGCCUCGGGCCUCGCCGCCGCCAUGACCAUCUGCCACUUCUUCCUGCAGGGCCGCUGCCGCUUUGGGGAGCGCUGCUGGAACGAGCACCCGAGAGGGGGCAGUGGCGGCGGCGGGGGCGGGGGCGGCGGCGGGGGUCGGCCUCCGCCGCAGCAGUACCCGGCGGCGCCCUCCGGUUGUAGCCGAGGGGGAUGGAGCAACAGUUCUCAGAGAUAUUCUAAUGUCAUCCAACCAUCUAAUUUCUCCAAGUCCACAACUUGGGGGGGCAGCAGAGAUCCAGGGAAGACAUCCUUUGGGUCCUUUGACUCAGGGGCUUCAAGUAGUGGAAGCAGAAAUGUGGGGUUUUCUCAGAAUAGAUUCUCUUCACUGAACUCCAACCAAGUGGAUGGGCAGAAAGAUGAAGAGGAUAAACUGAUUGAAGGAAUAGUAAAGGACAUGGAGGUUUGGGAAUCUUCGGGGCAGUGGAUGUUCUCUGUUUAUUCACCAGUGAAAGAAAAGCCAAAUAUAUCAGGGCCGGCACAAGCAGGCAGCCUCGGGGCCUCCCUGGCUCGGUCAGACCGAGGGCCACACCUCAGACUCUCCCUGGUUGGCCCCUCGUGGCCCCGGUGCGGUCACCCCAAACAGGAGGCCCGGAGUUCAUGCCAAGGCAGUUCGCAGGCUCGGGCAAGUUUUACAGAUAUUUCACCAGAAGAGUUGAGACUUGAAUAUUCUAACUAUAUAAGCAGCAAUAACUUACAAAGCUAUCUGAAUUCUAUCCAGCAAUUAGUAAACCUGUGGAAGAGCAGGUUACUUGAGCUGAAGAACAUAAAUUCAGCAACCAAAGGAGCAUUGUUUUCUAAACUGAAGAAUGAAGGGGGACAAGUGGUUCCUACCUUUGGAUUUCAGAGUCAGCCAACCUCCACAUUCGGUUCAGCAGCCUUCCCAGGGAGCAGCAAUAACAGCAGCAGCAGCAGUGUCCAGAAUUUCAGUUUUAAGCCCACUUCAGGAUUUGGGGCCGCCCCGUCAGGCAGCAGCACCUCUGUCUUUGGCUCACCGGCCUCCCCGGCGCUCACGGCUGCAUCUUCCUCCGGCUCGACGAUGACUUCCUCCGCUCCCACUUCCUUUGGGUUCGGGGAGUCCUCCACUGUCUCGGCAGCAUCUUUUUCAUUUAAAAGCCCGGAAGUUUUUAGCUUUGGAUCAGCUGGGUUUUCGGGAUUUCCUGCUUCUUCCCCAUUAAGCACAGCAGGUGCCACCAGCACCCCUGCUUUUGGGGGAGGGGGUGGCGCAACAGGGGGGGGUGGCUUUGGCCCCUCGGGCUCGGGGGCCAACUUGUUUGGACUGCCCACCAGCGGCUUUGGGCCCGGUGGCCCCUCCUCCUCCUCCUCCUCUGGGCCGCCGUCCGGGGCCGGUAACACGGCCGAGAACCUGUUCACACCCAAGAACGAACUGACAGCCGAGGAGCUCAAACAGUUUGUGGCAAAGAAGUUUACGUUAGGGAAGGUUCCCCUCAAGCCACCACCGGAAGGGCUUCUGAGCGUUUAAAAGGACACUUUAAGGAAAGGGGAGCAUGUCUUUUGUGGGUAAUUUGGAUAGUUUGCACACAUGAUGAUAACUAGAUUGUCCAGGCUCCACACCGAAAUGUUUUUGGCUUUGAAAUACUUUAUUUUCCUCAGUUAUGUUUUCAUGUCCUAGGCCAGGGACCCUUAGCAACCGGGGGCUCCUCUCCACGUAAUUAUGGACGGGACGUCCGCCCGAGGGUUGCCGGUCGGCUGGCUGGCUUUGUCCCGGCCCUGGCCCACUCGGGCUCACCUCCUGCCCCUUCCUCUUCUUGGCGGUGUCCCUCUUAGGGGGGUGCUGCCGCCUGCAGCCAGAAGAGAGGACGCUAGCCAGCUUACACAAUGAAUACCAGACACUAGAACUUUUCCUUCACGAUAGAGGGGAUGUGUGUUAAGUAUACGUUUAAAUAGAACCGGAGAAGUUUUUGUUCCUAGGUGAUAAUAGGCCAUUUUUUCCUUUCUACAAGUUUGUAUCCCUCUUGAUUUUGAAAAAGUUUCAAACUGAGGGCUUGCCAAUUGAAUUACUCUGAGCAUUCAGAUGAUGACUAACAUCUCGAUAGCAGAUGAUUGCUAUAAUCUUGAUAUUUCUUCUCAGUGCCUUGUGAAGAAGAUCAUCCCCAUUUGAUAGAUGAAUAGGGAGAGAAAUGGAAGUUGUGACCUGCCCCAUGAGCUCAUGGCGAGUGCACAAUGGACCCAGGCUCCCAGGAUUCUGCUUGGGAGCCUUCUGCUGGGAAUUGUGGAGCCCACUGAAGGCUCCUCUUUGUCCUCCGCCAGGAGGAGUGGGCUUUUGUACCGUUUUAUCUCCCGUGAAAGACUGGAGGCAGAGACCUGCAAUUAGCGUCUGGUAAAAUCGAUUCCGAGUUCUCUAGGGUGGGGGUCUCCCACGCACUCCUUGAAGCCCAGCAGCCGGUGCUGGAGGCGGCGUGGCCGCGGAGGUGGGUGGCUUGGGUCGGGCUGGUUUUUUUAUGAAAAUAAAAACUUUGCCUAGCAGCUGUGUUCUCUAUGAAUGUG